AUGUACACGAUUGGAAACAUCUACGUGAUCGCCGCCGUCGCGGUGGUCGGAGGUGCUCUAUUCGGUUUCGAUAUCAGUUCCAUGUCAGCUAUCAUUUCGACACAAGCCUACCUGUGCUACUUCAACCAAGGCCCGUAUUAUCUUGAGACCGAUGGAAAGUGUUCUGGCCCAACUGCCGACGUCCAAGGUGGUAUCACUGCUUCUAUGCCCGGCGGGUCUUUUAUCGGUGCGCUGGUUUCUGGUUAUAUCUCGGAUAACCUAGGCCGCAAGAGAGCCAUCCAAGUCGGUGCUGUUAUUUGGUGCAUUGGUUCAAUCCUAGUCUGUGCUUCUAAUGGGCUUGCCAUGCUUAUUGUAGGCCGGUUCAUCAACGGCUUCUCGGUGGGAAUCUGCUCUGCUCAAGUUCCUGUCUACAUCACGGAGAUCGCGCCGCCCUCCAAGCGUGGAAGGCUGGUCGGCUGCCAACAAUGGGCAAUCACCUGGGGCAUCUUGAUAAUGUUCUAUAUCUCCUACGGCUGUUCUUUUAUCGACGGAACUGCUGCGUUUCGAAUUCCAUGGGGUCUUCAGAUGCUCCCCGCCAUAUUCCUCUUCACUGCUAUGCUCUUCCUGCCAGAAUCUCCAAGAUGGCUCGCCAAGAAUGACCGUUGGGAUGAGGCCAUAUACGUGCUUGCCUUGACCCAUGCCAACGGGGAUCAGACAUCACCGUGGGUCGUUAAAGAGAUGGCCGAAAUCCGCGAGGUGGUCGAAUUCGAGCGUGCCAACGCAGAUGUUACAUAUCUGGAGCUUUUCAAGCCUAAGAUGAUUAACCGCACACACAUCGGUGUGUUCACACAGAUCUGGUCCCAGCUUACCGGAAUGAAUGUGAUGAUGUACUAUAUCACCUAUGUAUUCACCAUGGCAGGGUUGGGUGAGAACGUCUUACUCCCAUCAUCAAUCCAAUACAUCAUCAACGUUAUUAUGACCGUGCCUGCACUUCUCUGGGUAGAUCGAUGGGGACGUCGCCCAACCAUGCUUAUUGGCGCCUUUAUGAUGAUGAUCUUUAUGUUCACCAACGCCGGCCUACUCGCUACCUACGGCAAGACACCAGAGCCAGGACAGUUCGCCUCAGAAGCAGAAUCCAUCUCGAUCACCGGUCCACCCGCCAAAGCUGUCAUCGCCUGCACGUACUUGUUCGUCGCUUCAUAUGCGCCAACCUGGGGCCCCGUUUCUUGGAUUUAUCCACCAGAACUGUAUCCCCUCCGUGUUAGAGGCAAGGCCGUUGCAUUGGCAACAAGCUGCAACUGGCUUUUCAAUUUCGCCCUCUCGUACUUCGUCCCACCUGCGUUUGCCAAUAUUCGCUGGAAGGUUUAUAUCCUUUUCGGAGUGUUCCUUGCUGCGAUGUUCAUCCAUGUUUUCUUCCUAUUCCCGGAAACGAGCCAAAACUCCCUUGAGGAGGUUGAGCAGAUCUUCGACUAUAGCACUCCUGGCACCGUCAAAUAUAUUGGAACGCCCGCUUGGAAGACCCAUGUCAAUAAGCACAAUAGACGCAUGGAAAAGGGCGAGAUGGAUAUGGAGGAGAAGGUGGGAAGUGGAGCAGCUCGUCACGUUGAAAAUGAUUCGAAUGAGUCCCGCGAUGACAAGGAAAUCGAGGCAGCAACGAACUAA